CCCAUGUGAUCCUUCCAUUUUGAAAUUUAUCACUACAAUAAGUAGCUACACAAAAAUCAACUAAAACUCCAACUUUCUCAAACUUUUUCUCUCAAAAAAAAAUGGCAAGAAAAUUUGGAAUUUUCUUCACAAUCUUUUGCAUUCUCUUAACUUCAUGUCUUGCAGAUUGGAACAUUUUGAAUGAGCACAAAACCAAGAGUGGUCUCAAAAUUAGCCUCAAGAAUUAUUGUGAGAGUUGGAGAAUGAAUGUUGAGUUGCAUAACAUUAGAGACUAUGUUGUUGUCCCUCAAGAAUGUGUUGCAUAUAUUGGAAAAUACAUGACUUCUACACAAUACAAAGUGGAUUCUGAAAGAACAAUUGAUGAAUGUAUACUUCAUCUUAGUACUAAUUGUAUUUUGGAAAAUGAUGAGAAAGAUGCUUGGAUUUUUGACAUUGAUGACACUCUUCUUUCCUCUGUUCCUUACUACAAGAAAAAUGGUUUUGGGGGAAAUAAGCCAAAUGAAACAUCUUUGGAGGAUUGGAUGAGCCAAGGGAAAGGAACAGCAUUGGAUCAUUCUUUGAAGUUGUUCAAUCAUCUUAAAGGUCUAGGAGUUCAAAUAUUUCUUGUUUCUUCAAGAAAAGAACAUCUUAGAUCUGCCACUGUUGACAAUCUUGUCCAUGUUGGUUUCUAUGGGUGGAAUAGCCUUAUACUAAGAGAUCAAGAAGAUGAAUGCAAGAAUGCUCAAAGAUUUAAGUCAGAGAUAAGAAGUAAACUUAUAAGCAAAGGCUAUAGAAUUGUGGGCAUUAUUGGAGACCAAUGGAGCAGCAUUGAGGGUCUUCCAAGUGCAAAAAGAUCAUUCAAACUUCCAAAUCCAAUGUACUAUGUUGCUUGAUAUGGAUCCAAUUUGUUCCUUUCACUUGUGAAUUUGUCAAGUUUUUGUGAGGGAAACAAACAUGAUGUCUUGGAUGUUAUAUGUUGUUAUUUUUGUGAUGUGGAUUAUUGUUGGAAAUAAUUUUGUGAAGAAACUUGAUGGUUUGGUUGAUUUCACACUAAAUAUUGGAGAAUUGCAAAGUCGAUCCAUCCAUAUUUUUUAUGGCAAUUAUUGGAGUAAGCAA